AACAUGGAAGAAUAUAGAGGAAAGUCGAGAUUAAUUCCGGUGCCGGUUGUUUAUCAACAUGUUUACAGAAGAAAUGGUGUAAGUUCUGAAAAUGGAAAAAGAUUUUAUGCAAAAGAACUUAGACCUGGUGACAAUUUUACAAAUCGAAUUAGAUAUAUCCCAAAGACACAAGUUGGUUAUCAAGUAGGAUAUAAAAAGUAUGUUUAUAGGACACAAUAUAACACCAGUAAUAAGAUGGACAGACAGUUUUCCAGGAUGACCACAGCUAGUGCCCCUGGAACCCGUACCUCAAGUACAACUGGAGAGGGGAAAUUCAAUAAAGCUUCAAGGAAAUUAAAGAAAAGUUUGACAGGAUUUUUCGGCUUGGACUUAGAUGACGAGCAUGAAGAUAAAAAACAAAGAUGGAAUAACAGACGAAUGAGAUUAUAUAAAGGAAAAGUUAAAGAUGAUUAUCUUCUCAAAGCAGAAUCUGAUGAUUUGUUUUUGGAGAAUUCACACCAAUUCAAAUAUAUCCAUGAUCCACUCCGUAGAGUACAUCGUGAUCGUCCAAGUGAAAUGUCAUCUAGACGUACCACCCCCUUAUCCAGUUCAAGUACUUAUGCCAGGAGUAGACCUGGCGGUCCUAAAAGGUUACGUAAAGAUUCUGUAAUGCAGAUGACAUGGAAAGGUCUUCGUACAAUUGCAGCCUCAAGAAAGAAACUUAGAGGAAAAUCGUACAAACAUAGUGCCAGUUUCGAUCCUGCUAGAAUGGGUGAGGAAUUUGGAGAUGACCUCUCAGCAAGUUACGGAUAUGCGCCACAACAUGAAGAUGCUAUAAGUCUUGUAGAUGAUGUAUUUUAUGAUGAACCAAUUGCUCCACCAACACACAAGAUGUCCAGAGAAUACGAGAACUUACCAGCAGGAGGAUGGAGGAGGCAGCCACCUCAGGGUUUACCUUCUACUCCAUAUGACGAGCUUGACAUGCCUGAGUUUUGCAUGAGAAGAAUCAACCCCCAAAUCAUGAAUAAUGAAGUUGGUCCAGAAACGAGACAAGUUGGAAUGGGAUUUGUUGGUAGACUAUUUAACAGAAGUUUUAGAAGUGACAGAAUGAACUCCAAUAUUAAAAGUCAGAUAGCUAAUGUGGAUGAUCAUAGACCAUACUUUACAUUCUGGGUGACAUUUGUUCAGCUGUUGGUGUUCAUUGUUUCUAUAGCUGUAUAUGGUAUUGCUCCUAUUGGUGUGUCAGAGAGAGUGUAUGAAGAAUCUGUGAUGAUGCCAAACCUCGCAUUUGAGAAAGUUCGAUUUUCAGAGGCUGAAAACUUAUGGAUUGGACCCAAACAGGCUGACUUGAUUCAUCUCGGUGCUAAAUAUUCCCCCUGUAUGAGAAAAGAUGAGAAUAUAUACAAUGGUAUAGCUAAAGACCUAGUAGAAGAGAAGACAUCAGGAUGUUGUAUAAGGAACGAUGGAUCAGGAUGUGUACAAAGUGUCAGGUCGAAAUGUAGUACAACAAUAUCAGAAUUUAAAAAGUAUAAUAGUACAAAUCCAAGUAGCUUGGGCUUCCUGACCGGUGCUGUGUGUGGUCAAGAUCCAAAAUAUUGCAAAAAUCCAGCUUCAGUUGCACCAUUUGAAUGGAACAAAAAUGACAUAACAAACUGGCCUUUUUGUGAGGACACCAAUGCACCAUUAACUAAUACCAGUUUUGUAUCUGGAGAAGAUCGUCAUAUGACCUGUGAACUUUCUGGCAGACCUUGUUGCCAUGGGAUACAAGGGGAAUGCAUGAUUACCACAAGAGAACAUUGUAAUUUCAUGCAAGGAUAUUAUCAUGAAGACAAAUUCCUGUGUUCACAAGUAAAGUGUUUGAAGCAGAUUUGUGGAAUGAUACCAUUCACUGAUGAUGAUAUUCCUGAUCAAUUUUACAGAUUAUGGACAUCAAUAUUCUUGCAUGGAGGAUUAUUCCAUUUGCUGAUAACAAUUGGCUUCCAGAUGUUGAUAAUGAGAGAUGUAGAAAAGUUAACGGGAUGUAUACGUAUGACCAUUAUCUAUGUCGGGUCUGGUAUAGCUGGCAAUCUAGCUAGUUCUACCUUCCUUCCAUAUCAUGUUGAGGUUGGACCAGCAGGAGCACAGUUUGGUAUUCUAGCCUGUUUAUUGGUAGAAGCCAUACAGAGUAUACAGAUGUUAAAACGACCAUGUUUAGAAGUAACCAAGGUUCUCCUUUUCAUUGGUUUCCUGUUCUUACUAGGACUAUUACCAUGGAUUGACAACUGGGCACAUUUGACAGGUUUCGUCUUUGGAUUUUUGUUGGCAUUUGCAAUUCUGCCAUACAUCCAUUUUGGCAGUUUUGAUAAGACAAGAAAAUGUGUAAUGAUUCUUUUUGGAUUAGGAGGAGCUACCAUUUUGUUUGUUAUGUUAAUUAUAUUGUUUUAUAUCUCUCCUAUUUAUAACUGUCCAGGGUGUCAAUACUUCAAUUGUAUUCCAAUUACAGAAAAUUUCUGUAAGAAUAUGGAAGUUCAGAUCGACAGAGAAUCUACGUACACAGCUUAUUUGUAGACAUACACUUCAACUCGCAUGGAUUUUGCAAUUUUUACCUGACCAAGGUGAGAUGGGGGAAACCUUUUGACAGACACCUCCAAGUCAGAGUUCAAGUUUACUAAUUUUUAAAAACCUUAAAACAUACACUCACCUGUGCCCACCAUUUACAGUGGAUAUACAAAUGGAUAAAGAAUACCUUGCAAACAACAAAAAAAGCUUUUUGAUAAAAAAAAUUGACCAAAGUUUUCAUGAAUUUAGUAGGCUUUUCAUGGGUAAUAGGUGGAAAAUGCAAGAUCCAACUGAACUGAAGUGUAUUUUUCUAUUUUAGAAUAUUUUCUUUUUGAUAGAUGCAUUUAUUAAUUAUUUAGGUUUAUUUUGUGUAAAAAAUUAGUGCUGUUUAUAAUUUUAGCCAAAACAAAAAGAUUUAGAUAGGAUUUUUACAAAGAACUAUUUUUUUUUGUAAAGUCCGUGCAUGUUUUGAUAUUGUUACAUUUGAUAUUAGAUAACUCAUUUAGUUCCUUCUUGAUAUUUCAAUUCAUAAAACAUAGAAUACAUAUAUUUUCAUCUUCAUUUUAAAAUAUGCAAGUUUUAAAAUUUCCAAUAUAUUUUGUUAAGCAUUUGUUGAAAUGGGAAGUACCUUUCAAUACAGGAGUUUGGGUAAGAUAAUUUGAUAAGAAAAUUUGUGUUUUCAUUGACAGUUAUAUAAUCCAAUGUUUAUUGCAAGUAAUAAUUUGAUGAAAGUAUUGCACAGAAAAUAUGACAUUUUUAUAUCUUUGUUUGUUCUACUGCCUUGUUGAUCAUGACAAAUUUUACUAUAUGCUGUAGGUUUUGAAAUGAAAUUCUACAAAAUUAAAAUAAUGUAAUAAAUCAUGAUUUCUGGAGGUGAUUUCAUUUUAAAUUGUGCAUAAUAACAAAAUAUUUACAUGUGUUUAAGUGAAAUUAGUUUCUCCAACUGCAAUAAAUAUGUUAAACAUUGAAAUUAAAAAUUUGUGUUGAAAUAUUACUGCAGUUGAUAAAUAUUAUGUAUACAUAAGACUUUAAUAUUUAGUGUAAAAUCAUUUAAUCAAUUUGCAUUAGAGUAAAAAAAAAAUCAACUAUUCUGAACUGUUUAUGGUUCAUUUUUGCCUAAAUAUUUUAUGUAUUUUUCUUGUUAUUCUUGACUGGAGGGUACAUUCUUCAGAUAUGUUGCUCAACUGUUUGUAUAAAUUGUGUCUUGGGAUAAUGAUCUAGCCUUUUCGAUAGUAUUCAGACACUUAUUAGUGAAUGUUGAUUCUCUGUGACCCAGUUUAGGACAAAUAGUUGUCCCAAUUCAACUGUUCUCAGUAAGUUUUAUCUAGGACAGAAAUAAGAAUCAGUUGGUCUCUCUGCAUUAUUGACUCUCACUAGGGAUUGCCUGCACUUUUUAUUACAUAAAAAUUGGUCAAUAUAUAGCGAGAUGAUAGCCAUAAAAUGUUAUGUAAAUCCAGAGAUUAUUCUGAAUGAUUUAUUUAUAAUUCAUUGACUAGGUUUACAGGGGUUAAUGUAGCCAUUGUAGAGCAGUGGAAAAGAACAACUGAAUUAUUUAGGUAACUAGGACACACAUUUUUAUGAAGUUUUUCAAAUGGUGACUAAUUUAUAGAUGUUAUUUUGAGUGUGUCUUGAAAAGAACUUUGUCUUGUUUUAUCUGUGAUAUCUGUCUCAUUGAAUGUGAUUUCUCUAUUUAUUGUAAUUGUAUAUAUAUGUGUAGAUACAAAAUACAAGUAGAAAAUAUUAUAAAUAUCUGUGUAUGAUAUUGACCUUGUGAUGCUUUUUUUUCAUGUCUGUAUAAUAGGUCUGAAAAAAAUAUGGUUUAUUUUUGAUACAACUACCAUUUAUCGCUUUGAUCAUUAUCAUUCUAUACAUUUGUUGAUUUUCAACUGAAUUUGUGUUAUACAAGGAUAUUUUUUGUAACCAACUGUUCAGAUUUUUAACUAAAUGUAUUUAUAUGUACCCGGUAUGAUAUCUUUGUAACAUAUUCUUUAUUAUUUUUUUGUCUCCUAGCGGCAGCUGUUUCUAAAUUUGGAUAUUUAAACAAUAAGAAAAUAUAUAUGUAUACAAUGUUUCAUUUCACUAAAUGAUAUAUUAUACAUAAUUUUAUUCAAUAUUUGAAUAAUGAACCAAUUGUCAGAAAAGUUAACCUAAUAAAAAAAAUAUGACAGCAGUAAAAACUUGAUGACAAUGGCAACAAAUUAUGACGCAUGUAUUUUGCAUUAAACCUAUGUUUUCUAUAGCGAUACAUAUCAAUUAAAAUUUUCUAACUAGUCAUCAUUUAGCGAUGUGUCUUUCUUAUUCUAGAUAUAUUGGGCACAUAAUUUUUACUUAACUUAUAUUAAAUAAAUUUAUCUUCCACAAAAUAUCUUAAUUCUGAAAAACCAAUAUUUUUUUAUGUAUAAUUAUAAUUACAUGCAGGCAUAGCAAGGAAAACAUAAAUGCAAUGAAAGGCAAAUAAAUGGAUUUUCCAGAAAAUUUCAAAAACAGUUAUCCUUUUAAGAAAAGCAUUCAUUUCGUAUUACUUGCAGUUCCCAUAAUGUUUACAUGUAAUUGUGAAAAGGUCUUUUUGAUCAAACAUGACUGACAAACUUUUAGUCUAUGAAUAUUUUAGAUAUUGUACUGCAUAGAUAAAUAGCUCAAAUUUGCAUUUAAAUGGAAUUAAUGAAUAUUUGUUUGUAAUAUUAUAAGCAUCAUAUUUAUUUUGUAAUUAGUUAUUUCUUCAUGAGCAAUGCAUUAUAUAUUUUUUUUUAUUGAUUAUUAAAAAGUAGGGAAAGGUAUUUUUACUUUAAACUGAAUUUCUUCUGCUGAAUUUGGCAUUGUAAUAUAUAUAUUAUUUAGAUUAUGGAUAAGUAAUGAAAAAUGGUUGUGAUAAAUAGCAUAUAUGUACAAAUUUUGUUUUUUCAUAAUUGUGUGCCUUUUUAUUUUUCAUAAUAAAAUGAACUACAUGGAAAAUUAAGGCAAAUAAAAAUUUUAACAUUCUGUCUCAAUUAAAAACUGACUUCCAUAUUUAUAAUUUUUAUUUUUAUAUAUUUUUAAGGAUCUUUAAUAACAAAUAUUGAUGUUAUGCAUUCUACUAGUAGAUGAUCACUCAAAAAUAUGAAUUAAUUUCUAUUUUUUUUUUUUAAGAUAAAAUCAGUUGCAAUUUGCUUAGCUUGUUUAAAUUUGAAAAAAAACAUAGUGCUACCUCAAAAAAUAACAGUUUAAAAAAGAUUCUGAACUGGUUGUAUUUAAAUCAAGAGCAGAUAAUCAAAAUAACUUCACAAAAUACUGUAAAUUCUAAAAUUUAUGGGAUGUAAAUUUUUCUUUAAUCUGUUUGACUUACAUGUACAUAUAGAUAUUAAAGGACCAUGUAUUCACAAAUAAUUCUUUGUGCUUCUUAACUUUCCAUCGAUUUGGAAAUCAUUCCUAUUUUUUUUACUGAAAUGCAUGACUAUUUAUGUGUUUCUUUAGUAUUUUUUUAUGAUAUCAUCUUCAAAUUGAAAUUCUAGGGAAUUUCUGCACAUAAUGUGAGUCUCAAAAUUAUUACACAACACAAGGCUUCUUAAACUUGUGUGUUGCAUAAUUUGUUGCUUAGUAAACUGAGUAACAAAGGAGACAUCUUAAAUAAAAUGAAAAAUUCCAGCUGAACAUUCCUUUCAAUUUAUUUUUUCUUAUAAACCUUUCUACCAUCAUAAACUAUGUGUUGAUCAGCAUACCCUCUCUCAAUCAUCUCCUAAGUAAAAGUGAAUGUGCAAGAUGGCAAAUAUUUAACAGAAUUUUAUGUUUUCCCUAAAGUUUUUGUCAGAGAUUAAUGAGUAAAAAAGCAUAAUACACAGAUGUGGCAAUUUUUAAUGUGUCUUCAAUACUCAGGCUAUUUUUAUAUAUUUUGUUUUUCUGAUACUAUUGUUAAUGUGUACUAUUUAUCUAGUGCCUUCAUAUCUGUAUUUAUUUUGGUAAAAUAUUGUUAGAGGUACAUGUACAAAGAUAUUUUAUUAUAAAUAAGAUGAAUUAAUCAGUGUACUGAAAGUUCAAAGUAAAACUAAAAACGAAGCACUAACGAUGCAAAAUGUAUAAAUAAACAUUUUAAGAAUGUUAUAAAAGAUUGUAUUUGAAGAACUAACAAUUUAAAUAAACCUACAAUAUAUUUUUGAAAGAUUGUUUUUCUGCUUUUUACUGAAAAAAAAAUGAAUUAAGGUGCUGGUGCAUUAUUUUAUAUUUAAUAGCAAAUUUUGUAUUAACUAAUAAAUCUAAAUAAUAGGUUGAUACACAUUUUGCAGGUUACAGUUUAUUUGUUUGUUUUUUUGCUUAACAAUUGUCAUGUAUGUUUACAUCUAAACUAAGUCUAAUCUGUGUGUGUGAUCUUGUUAUUGUGUUUCUAACAGGAUGACUAUUUGUUUUGUAACAGUUUUGUUUAUAGUCUCUCCUUCGCAUAAGGUGCAAAAUAACUUUGUUUAAUAAAACAGCGUUUUCUAUAUACAUGUAUACCCUUAGAAGCAUCAUGUGAUAAGACUUGGUCCAGAAAUUUAUAUUGUAAGUUUAUAGUGUUAACAUAUGUUGUAUGUUGAGGAACAAUAUUGAAAUAUUGUUUGAAGUAGUUUCAUCCAUUAAAUAAUUUAUAGAACUUUU